AUGGGUGGUCUUGUUGGCUCUGGCUUCGUGCUGCUUUCAUGGGUGCUUUUCUCCCCCUGCCUAUGCUCAGUGGAUGGGCUGUCCAAGGUGAGGGCUGUUAACUUGGGAGGAUGGCUGGUGGUUGAAGGGUGGAUUAAGCCAUCACUUUUUGACGGGAUUCCGAAUGGGGAUAUGCUAGAUGGGACGCAGGUGCAGCUCCGCUCUGUUGUAUUGAAUAAAUAUGUUAGUGCAGCCAAUGGGGGUGGUUCAAAUGUGACAGUGGACCGUGAUGUGGCCUCAACAUGGGAGACAUUUAGGCUUUGGAGGGUGUCACAAAAUGAAUUUCAGCUUCGAUGUCUUGGAGGUGAAUUUUUUACAUCAAGCAGUGAAGAUGGUUUGAUCUUGGCAACUGCAAGGGAACCAUUGUCCACUGAGACUUUCUACAUCGAAAGGAAUGAUGAAAGGGUUCAUAUCAAACUUCUGAAUGGAGGCUAUGUGCAAGCAACAAACGAUCAUCUGCUUAUUUCCACUUAUCAAUUCCAACCAGGAUGGGAUAAUAAUUUAGCGACAUUUGAAUUGGUGAUUGUUGCCAAUAACUUGCAUGGAGACUACCAGCUUGCCAACGGUUAUGGUUACGAGAGGGCGAAGAUGGUCUUAGAAGAGCACAGGACAAAUUUUAUAACAGCAAGCGACUUUGAUUUCCUAUCUCGACAUGGAAUUAAUACUGUGAGAAUUCCUGUCGGAUGGUGGAUAACACAAGAUCCAUAUCCACCUUCUCCAUUUGUUGGAGGGUCUUUGGCAGCUCUGGACCUAGCAUUUUCAUGGGCACAAUCUUAUGGUUUGAAAUGUAUAAUCGAUCUUCAUGCUGCUCCUGGUUCUCAAAAUGGAAUGGAACACAGUGCGAGCAGGGAUGGUUCCGUGGACUGGCCCUCACCUGAAUAUGUCUCGCAAACAUUAGAAGUUAUUGAUUUCCUGGUGACAAGGUAUGGAGGCCAUCCUUCCCUUUUGGGCAUUGAGCUUCUGAACGAACCUUCUGCAGCUAGCGUUCCUUUAGAUGUUCUAGUGUCCUACUAUACGAGGGGUUACCAAAUUGUGCGAAACCAUUCAUCAACUGCAUAUGUUAUUCUCUGCCAAAGAAUCGGAAAUGCAGACCCAAUCGAACUGUUUCAAGCUGGUAUUGGUCUUUCAAAUGUCGUAGUUGAUUUACACUACUACAACUUGUUCGAUCCGUACUUUGCCAGCAUGAACUCUACUCAGAAUAUUGAAUUUAUUUACAAGAAUAGAGCACCACAAUUGCAAGCUCUUAAGGACGCAAAUGGGCCUCUUGUCUUCAUUGGUGAAUGGGUUAAUGAAUGGGACGUGCAAAAUGCAUCUCAGUAUGAGUACCAGAAGUUUGGCGGAGCUCAGUUGGAUGUUUAUGCAAACGCCACCUUUGGGUGGUCAUAUUGGACACUAAAAAAUGACAGGAUGCAUUGGGACUUCGAGUGGAAUAUUCGGAAUAAAUACCUCCUGUUCAGUGCUUCAUCCCUGCUGAAGACACCAAGCUUCCUUCUCCUGCUAGCAUUUGGAUGGGGAGCUUGCCUUAUCAUCAUGCCAAGAUAA